AUGUCCGGUCACAGCGAACAAUGUGGCACUCGUAAGACCAGCUCAAUUUCCGAGACGCUGUUCCAAGGGGGAAAACAAACGCUGGCUCUAAACUGGGGCAGUCAGCCGCCGCACGGACCCUCUGAGCGGUGUUUUAUUGUAUAUAAGUGGGGCGGGCGAGGCGGCCGAGGGUCUGCCCGCUAUUCCGCGAUGGCACCACCCUCCGAAACUUGCCCGAGCCGAGACCAAGCCGGUAUCGAUCCGCGACAGCCCAAAGCCAGCGUUCACCACAAACGUUCGCCGAACGCCCCACCGCCACCACUGUCGGCGCUACAGCCACGUGCCGGGCCCCAAGGGGUAGUCGUCGUCGUGGCGGCCUAUGUACGUCUUCAGCGGCGUGUCCGUGAGGGAAGGCGACGACCUGUCCCUGUCGCUCAUAAUAGUCACUUAAAACACCGGCUGCGGAUACGAUAUGACAACACGAAACGGGGAGACGCCGGCCCCGCACACACUCCACGAGCGACCUCCGGCCCGCGGCUCGCGAGGCGAAUAAAUAAUCUAAUGCAGCGCUCUACACGUCGCUACCGCUACUCGACGCCGCGCUCCGCUCGCCACCCCGCAAUCAAUCCGCAGCGCUACCCCUUACGCCAUCUAGUGUCAAGUACCGAAAGCAUCGUGCCCUCUAUCGGCCGCCGGUCGAAGCGGCAUCCCACCAGAAGAUGGCGCCGCAAAAAAAAUCCUAUUGUGAAAUACUUGUGUACC